AUGGCAACCCAACAGCCCGCUCCCGAGGCGGAGCGGGAAUACAAGCUGAUCUCCCAACUCGAGAUGCGCAUUGCCUCCGCCUCGACAGACGAGAAACUGGAGUCCAUUCUUCAGAAGUUCCUCCCAGCUCUCCUACUAAAGCUGGCUUCUCCAACUCCUCAGAACCGCAACCUUGCGAUCAAGGUAUGCCAGUAUAUCAACCAGCGGCUGAAGAUCAAUCCCUCAAUCAAACUCCCCGUGGCAGCGUUGGUCAAAACCUUUCGCGAGAAUGACAACGCCUUCGUCAAGCGAUUCUGUCUAGUGUUCAUCGAGCAAGGGCUUCCACGGUUGGAGCUUGACCAGGGAAUCGAAACUCUGCCUGGUGUGUUGCAGUUUGCCAUACCCGGAAGUGAAACGUUUGAUGCCACGGAUCGGAAAAUGUGGGCUAUCGCCUUCGACUUUCUCCUGGAAGUCUUGAGGAGGUGGAAGAUUCCGGAGCGAGGUAGCAAGGAAGAUUUGGGUCUCUCAGGGACAUUCUCACUCUCAGCUACGCAGACCGAUCUGCUUGUCAGCCGUCUGGGCGAUUUUUUGCUCUACGAUCCCAAGGACUCCGCCGCUCAAGCUCGGGAUGAAGAUUUCCAGCCUGUCAUCGAGAAGAACUUCAGACGCCGCUCAGAAGUUGUCUUACCAAUUGCGAAAUUUCUGUUCUCCUCCAUCUUCAACGAUCGGCAACGGUUCAUCCCCGCCACCAUCAUGUCUGUUGACCCAAAUGCCUCGGCUGCAAAUAUGAGCGACGUUAUGUUCAAGCAAUGUGAUUUCGACUUGGAGUCUGAGUCGACAGUCGACUUGCUCUUCAGCCUCUACAGACGGUCCAAGCCCAAGCUACAGACACGGAUCCUCGGACUAUUGUCUCGCAGCCAGAACUCCACCAAACGCACCACAGAAAUCAUGGACAUUGUGGAAAGGCAACUCACCCAAGCACCUAACGCUGGUCUCGAGGCGGCAAAGCUCCGAGCAGCUCUAUUUUCCUACCUCACCUGGACUGUGCGUGUUGGCGGUCAACAUCUCGCUGGAGAAAUCAGCCACCGCAUUCAGGACCUGCUGAAAGAAUAUAUCGAGAUGCAAGGCUGGCCGACCAUGAACAGCGACUACGCCUCAACUGCAUCAGAGGUGGAGCUUCGGUCCAAGGCGUACGAGAGCAUAGGCCUACUGGCAGGAAUCAAAGCCGAGCACACAGAUAGCAAUCGCACAGUGGACCUGAUCACAUGGCUCUUCACAAGUCUCCGUUGUGACACGACACGCGAGAUAAGAAGCAGCAUCGAAGAAUCGAUCGGCCGCAUCAUGAAUGCUCUACCUAGCGUUGGCGACGAUUCAAUCGCGAGGCGCCUCAAAGACCUCUUCCUCUGGAACGUCCUGGCAGCACCAGGCCAAGAAGACCCCGUCUACUUCUUUCCCACGGUCAAUAGCACCACCUACCCGGCGGUACGAUUUGCGAACAAGUGCCUACCAUUCAAUGACGUGGAUGCCCGUUUUAUCGACGUCCUGGCCCUGGCUUCGGCGAGCGGUCGGAGAGAAGUGGCCGAGGAAGGAGCUCGCGGGUUAGAUCCUUAUUGGCAUGCUUCGAAUUUGCGCCUCACCACCAGUUCUGACAAUCGACGGCUGGAACUCCCCAAGCUUGAUGCUUUAGUGGAGAGGUUUUUCAAGUCGGCCAUGACGCAGAUGAGCUACUAUGCCGAUGCAACAGUGCUAGCCGCUGCGGUGACAUUUUGUCGGAACGUCCUGCAUUGUGAAGCCCUCCAGGAGACAGAACUAGUACCUGAAGAAUCGACAGAUUGGAAGCAGUCUAUCGAUGCCUUGGUCAACAACGACCAAGAUGCCCGACGGCGGAUUCGGUCGUAUCUAAAAACCCUAAGCGGUGAUGUACUCUUACCAUUGGUGCACGCCGCAUUAGAUGGUGCAUCCAAGGGAAUUGGAGAAUGCCUGGAUUUGUCACUGGAACUUUUGUCUCUUGCCCCGACUGAGUUGUUGUCACAUUUCAAAGAUGCAGGGCUGGAAACGGCUGCACGUCUAGCAGGAAACGCAGGCCUGCAACUUCGAGCCGCCCGGGUUUUUGGUAUUCUAGCUUCUCUGGGCGAGGACGCCGAAGAUGUCGCCAAAGCCGAAUUAAACGAGGCCAAACGUUGGAGAACGGCCGUCGGAGAAGAAUUGGUGAAGAUUCAAGGCCAUCUCCUCCGCGCAUGUUUCUGCCUUACCAGGCGAUCGCUAAGGCUGAAGCAGCAGCCAUCUGACGACACACUACGGACCACGGUGCAGGCCGUCCUUGAGAUUGUCAAGACUUCUUCUGACCGGUCGGUCAAAGAUACUGCGUACAGGUCACUCCGUCAACUAUUUCUGUGCACCCCAACAGAAGAAGGAUGUGACGACGAAGAAAUGUUGACUCAGUUGAUCGCAGACAGCAAGAAAGAGAGCGAAACAGCAGUCUCAGCCGCAGGGCCUGUGCUAGGAAUCUUACAUGCCCGUGGUACCAGUUCCCCUCGUUUUGAAUCAUUCCUCGAUCGGUUGCUGGGCCUGCAUGAAGUCAAACGAGCCGAGUUCCAUUUCACUCUGGGAGAAACCCUAGCCGUUGCCUGUGCCGGAUUCAGAUCGCUGUCCACGCUCACAGAACUGGAUGUCGACACCGAUGUUUCGGGAUUCGACGUCGAUGGACAACUGCUAACAACAGUCCUUGACAAGGUCCUCGAGAAUUGUAACACCACAAAGCCAUCGCUAAGGAAGGCGGCUGCCAUCUGGCUGUUGUGCAUUGUACAGUACUGUGGCGAACUGCCCACUGUCAUGGGGCGACUGCGAGAAUGUCAAGCUGCAUUUGCGAAGCUGCUGAACGAUCGCGACGAAAUCGUCCAAGAGACUGGCUCCAGGGGGCUCAGCCUUGUUUAUGAACGCGGUGAUAAACAACUUCGAGAUGACUUGGUUAGAGACCUAGUGCAAAGUUUUACGGGCAGCAAUGCAAAAAUGUCCGGAACCGUCAACGAAGAAACGCAGCUGUUCGAGCCUGGUGCGUUGCCGACCGAGAAUGGACAGUCCGUCACGACUUACAAAGACAUCGUCCGACUUGCUACGGAAAUGGGAGACCCCAGCUUAGUGUAUCGUUUCAUGAAUUUGGCCUCCAACAAUGCUAUCUGGUCGAGUCGAGCGGCGUUUGGAAGGUUUGGGCUCGGUCGUGUGCUGGCAGAUUCCACAUACCUGACGGAGAACAAGAAAUUCUAUCCCAAGCUGUUCCGAUAUCGAUUCGACCCCAACCCUAAUGUCCAGCGGUCCAUGAAUGAAAUCUGGCGAGCGCUCGUCAAAGAUCCCAACGCCGUCAUCACCGAGAACUUUGAUCUGAUCAUGGAGGAUCUUCUGCAGAGCGUUGUGUCAGGCAAAGAAUGGCGGGCGCGUGAGGCUAGCUGCGCAGCCAUUUCUGAUCUCGUGCAGGGGCGAGAUGUCGAUAUAUUCGAAAAGUACCUCGACGAGAUAUGGAAGGUCGCUUUCAGAGUCCUCGACGAUGUCAAAGAGACGGUUCGAUUGGCAGCCAUGAAGCUGUGCAGAACACUUACAAGUAUGCUGAUACGGAACCUGGAGAUUGGGGAGGGGAAUUCGAAGCGCUCUGCAACCAUGCUCAACCACGCCAUGCCGUUUUUGCUGCAACAAAUGGACAGCGGGGCGGCCAAGGAGGUGCAACAAUAUGCUAUUGUGACGCUGCUGGAGGUGGUGAAGAAAUGUCCUCCAAAAUCUCUGCGGCCUUUUGCACCAACAAUUUUAGAGACUCUUGUUCUCUCCCUGAGCUCUCUUGAACACGAGAGCAUCAAUUAUUUGCAUUUGAAUGCCGACAAGUACGGGUUGACGGCUGAGAAACUGGACAACAUGAGAGUAUCGAGUAUCAACGCGUCUCCGGUCACAGAAGCAAUCGAAGAGUGUCUGGAGAGCGUCACCAUGACACCUGAAUCCGAUGAAGACCCCGAUACCAUGCAAGGAGUUGUAGCCACUUCGUCCAGUCAGGGCCAUUCUGCUGUAAUGGACGACGCCAUGCAACGGCUUGCACAGGCGUAUCGAGCAGCGAUCGGACUGCCAUCCAAAGUUGGUCUCAGCAAAGUCAUGACCACACUAGUCGUCCGCCAUCCCACCGCUUUUCGACCAUACGCAGACAAGUUCAGCCAACUGACCCGGAAACACAUCCUCGAUCGCAACUCUACCAUCAGCGUAGCCUUUAGCACCUCAUUGGGCUAUCUGAUGAGACUGGCCUCGGACAAAGAGGUCCAGGCUACCAAUAAGUACGCGCAAAAGCUGUAUUUCGAGUCACAGGAACUGAGCCAUCGUGCUGUGGCCGGCGAAAUCAUCCAAGCGAUUUCCAAGGCUGCAAACGACGUCUUUAUGAAAUUUGCUCCCACCUUUCUCCCGUUUGCCUUCAUCGGCCGACGGGACACCGAUGAGGAGGUCAGGGAGCGGUUCGAUGUCCCUUGGAAGGAGAACAUCGGUGGCUCGCGGUCCAUCAAUCUCUAUCUCACCGAGAUUGUGGGACUCAUCUCGACACACAUUGGAUCCCCAAUGUGGCCCAUCAAGCAAGCUUGCUCGUUAGCUGUUGCUGAAUUGGUGGGGUCGAUGGAAGUGCAGGGGAAAUAUCCUGACAGUGAGGCAUCUCUGGUCUGGGGAGUGAUGCAGGCGGCCCUAGAAGGCAAAACUUGGGAUGGCAAAGAAGAAAUUAUCAAGGUGUAUCCCAAGUUUGUACGCGAGGCUCAAUCACUGUGGUCAAACGGCCAGGCCAGCCAGCAGAUGAAGAAGAUUGCAAUUCGCGAGGCGAAGAGGACCAACGUUUCUUACCGACCUCACGCCAUUGAGGCUCUUGGAGAGUUCGCGGUCGCUCGAAAAGAUCUGGACCUUGACCACGAGAUGCUGCCUUAUUUGGUGGAGUUGAUGGAGGAGCUGACGGACCAGGAUGCCAUGGAAGUGGACGAGGCUAACGGGGAGCCCCUGAAGAACCGCGAACAGACCGUUUUGGAAGCGACCGUGGCCGCGGUGGUUUCUUGCAUGUUCAAGAUCCUUUCUACUCACAUGCAGACCGAGAGUCUGGACUCGGCGAUGAAGAUUGUGCAGAAAGCGCAGACCAUUCGAUCCAGCAAGCUCAACAUUGCAUUGUACGACGGUGCAAAAUUUUUUGUGGUCAAUACAAGUAGGCCCAAAUCAGAGGGGGUCGAUGGUGAUGAUGGUAACGUCGACAGUCCUGACGACACAAUUAACUCAGCCUCAGGUUUGGCAACGGCCUCAGCACCACGGUCGUCGGCGCGGGAGGGUUCGGAGUUGGACGGUCGAAGGGCUUUUGAGUCAUUUCAGCCACUGGUCAUGGCGGUGCUCGCCUGUCCUCCAGAGCCUUGGCGAGAACCGGAACGUGCGAGGAAAUCACGUGCAGACCUAGCCCUGGCCGUGGCCCAACAAGGCCUGCAUGAUCCGGCCGCCUUAGCGGCGAUCCUCGACCCCUGGCUGGUCGAAGAACGGUCGAGGCCUUUACGUGAAGAAAUCGGACGCGCUCGAGAUGCCCUGAGACGAGACCAGUAA